AUGACAAUCACUGAAUCCAGAGCUAUCCAAGCCAACAGAAGGGCACAAGGCCUCAAAAAUCAGUCAAGCUCCAAUAACAACGACAAACCAAUAACCUCAUCUCUUGACGGAGAAAACCUCCCUCCAGACGCAGAAAAAGAUGUAGGUGACAAUUCAGACUCAGCUAGAGGAUCUGACAAUCCCACUGGAAGAGAGACCGACUUGAACCCAAACAACAGCAACAAAAAUAACCAAGACCAAGAAUAUGAAGAACUGAACAACAACAAUCCAAAUCAAGCACAACAAAUACAGAUCGAGUCAGGAGAUGAAGAUCAGAAUAGAAUAGAAUCAGAAGGAGAUUUGAAGUCUGAAUCCAAAGACAAAAGUCUGUCGGGCGACUUCCAAGAUUCAAGCAGUUCAAGUUCAUCAAGUGAAGAUUCAGACUCUGAACACUCUUAUGAUUCAAACAAAGACAAUACAAGCUCAAGCACAGAUUCAAUCUCAUCAGGAUCACCAUCUCAUUCAGAUUCUUCAGAUUCAAGUGAAGAAUCCAGCUCCUCUUCAGAAGAAGAAGGUAGAAGACAGAAGAAAAAUAAGAAAAAUAAAUUAAGAAAAUCAAGAAACACAAGAAGCAUAAGUCAAAAUCUAAAUCAAAAAAGACUUCAAAAGGGAAAGAGAAAGCUAGAAGUUGAAGAAGAAGAAAAACAAAUCAAAAUAGAAAUAGGAUCUGUACCGACUGGAGAUUUAGUAGCACUCCAACCUUUCUGGGGUGACCAAAUGACAGACUUACAUUCAUCCAUCCCAUUAACAGUAUUAGAUCAAACUUUUGCUAGAGCAUACAGAGAAGAAUACAGCAAGAAUCACCACUCCUCAUCUUCAAAGAACAAGUCAAAUAAAGGCCUAGAUGCACUCUCAGAAUACAAACUCACAUUUGGUGAAUGGUCAGAGUGUAUGAGUUUAUUUAGAAGGCAUUUAGCAGGAUACUACGCUCAAAAAUUAUCAGCAAAACAAUUGAAAUUACACAUAGAAAACGUGAAAGCAAUAAAACAUAUGAUAUUUUAUAGUGGGAAAACUCCAAUGAAAGACAUCGGUAUCUUGAUGACAAAAUAUGAAAACCAAGCAAAAGACAAGUAUUUACAAGCCGGGAAGCAAAUGGAGGUAACUCAAACCCAUGCGCAAAGGGCGGACAAAUGGAAUUCAGGCACCCAGAAACUGGUUUAUAUAAGUAAGAAUUAA